AUGUCAAACAGUUUGGAAUCUCCAUCAAGCAUCAUCACCACCACCUCUACGACGACGACGACUUCUUUCAAAUACUUUCAUUGUAUUCACAAAAACAAGGGAAUUUGUUGGCACUUUCGUCGGAACGGAUUUUGUAAACGUGGAAAAACAUGUCCCUAUGAACAUCUGUUGGAAGAAGGCUUAGAUUUAGAACAUGUUCAAAAACGAAGUCAACAAUUAUUGGAAUAUACAUUAAAGUAUAGAAUGAAUAUUCUCAAUAAUAAUAACAACAUGAAGAAGAAGAAGAAGGAUGAGGAAUUCAUCACUUCAUCAUUAUUGGAUGAAUGUUCUUCCUCCAAUGUUGCAACACAACAACUGAAUCAUCAAGUAAGUUCUCAUGUUGAUGAAUUAAAAUCUCAAUAUAUUUAUUUGGAAAACAUUCAUAAAGAAGAAAAAUUGCAAGAAACACAAAAACACUCGCGAGUAUUAUGUUAUUGGAUUUCAAAGGCAAAAGAAUUAAAAUUAAAAGAAUCGGCUCUUCGGAGAACUUUUGAGGGAAAUGGAUUUACAUUGGUUUCAUCGUUGAUGGAUGAAUCUACUCAUUAUUUGGCAGUAUUUUGGGGUCACACAUUUCCGAGAUAUAAUAUUGUGAAAUGGAAUGAAUUACCUUCAUACACAUUGAUUAAUCAAUUUCCAAAUAGUCAUGAAUUGUGUAACAAAUCUUUGAUGGCUCUUAAUUUUCAGAGAUUGAUCCAGUUGGAAAAUUCUGUAUCACCGUCGUCAUUGAGUAGACGUGAAAAGGUAGAAUUUACAUCCAAAUAUGUACCACCAUCGUUUUAUUUACCCCAACAAUUGGAAUUGUUUUUACAAUAUGCAAAAGAAGAGAGGUUUUCCUCUCAGCAACAACAAGAUGCAACUUUGAAUCAUGGUUCUGGAUAUGUUGACAAUCAUCAAUUUUGGAUUGUCAAGCCACAUCGAUCGGGAGAAGGGCGCGGCAUUACCAUCUAUUCAUCGUAUCGAGAAGUGAUACAACACGAAUUUUCUGACGUGGCUGACAUUAUUUUAUGUGAACACAAUACUGGUAGUGUCACGAUACUGAAUGAGAAUGUCAUGAAACAAAUCAAGAACAAAAAAAUUGUCGUCUCCAAAUACAUUACUAAUCCACUCUUGGUUAAUAACAAAAAGUUCGAUUUGAGAAUGUACGUAUUGGUUGUGGGAAAAAGACAUCAUGAAGAACGAGAUCGAAUUUAUUUCUAUCGAGAUGGUAUUGUAAGAUUUGCCUCAGAGGAUUAUACACUCUCCAAAGAUAACCUCAACAACCAUUUCAUGCACAUUACCAACAACUCGGUCAAUGAUAAGAAGAAUAAGGUUCAGAAUGAAACCAUUAUUGAAAAUUUUGGGUUUUUCUCUAACAUGUACCUGUCAGAUUUGAAAGAUUACUUUCUUCAACAUGAAUGGAAAGAGUUGUGGUGUCGAUUGGACGAACUCGUUUUGCAAUCGAUUCACUCUACUAUUUUAAAUCCUGAAAAACAAGACGAAUUAUUUCACUCGUGUCGUCACAGAUGUUUCCAAUUAUAUGGUUAUGACAUUCUUAUUGAUGAAACGAUACAUCCUCACUUGUUAGAAGUGAAUUUAAUGCCAGAUCUGGCUGGUGUCAAUCAAUCAUUGGUUCUGUCAAAGAAUUAUGGACUCAAAGCAAAAAUGUUGGCCAAUGCUUUGAAUUUGGUAUCCAUUCCAAUCGAUGCCAAUGUUGACUCAAAAGAUACCGUUGUCAUUGACACUACGUUGCCACUAGAAGAGAAUGAGAAGAACCUUCUUGGAGAUUUUGUUCGAUUACAGUGA